AUGGGUGCGUCCGAGCCGAGCCACCCUCCCCGUUCACGAGCCAAUGCACUGUUGGAACGUUAUGGUGGUGAAAAUGGACCUACGGGACACGCCUCUGCGGGAAACUCGUGCGAACCCGUCUCACUGAGCUCAUUCAUUGGUGGCCAAGCCAAGGCCGCCCCGCUCGGUAAGCUAGAGGGAGAUGGCCGCACGUACACUGGCGACAGCACGCCCGACGACUUUCAGAGGCUACCCGGACUAGCCAAGGAAGGCUCUCUUGCGUCUUUUCUAGCGAAGCGGGAGCAGGAGCUGCAUCCUGAGCUGAGUCGCGCAGCCACGUCCGAGGCUGCCGUGACGCAAGAGGUGCCGGCCGCUGAUGGGCCCAAUGCGCCUGCGCCUGAGAAGCCUGCGCCUUCUUCGGAUGAAAAGAAGACCACGCCCCCCCUACACCGCAGCACCACCGGCAAAGAAAUUGUCGUGCUCAUCUCGGGCUCCGGGAGCAAUCUGCAAGCUUUGAUCGAUGCGACGUGCGGCGACUCGCCGCGUAUCCCAGGUGCGCAUAUUGGGCGUGUAAUCUCCAACCGAAAGAAUGCUUAUGGCCUGGAGCGCGCCAAGAAUGUCAAUCCGGCCAUUCCCACGGUGGUGCACAGCCUGAAAACGUACCAGACCCGCAACCCCGGCAAGACUCGUGACGAUUACGAUCUGGUGCUUGCAGAGAAGGUGCUUGGCGAUGGACGGGUGCCCGACCUCGUUGUACUCGCUGGAUUUAUGCACAUCGUCUCAGAGACGUUCCUCAGUGCGAUGGGACAUGCUACGUCCCUUGCUGAGGCACCCGCGACGGUCAAGCGGCCCGCACACCCUGUACCGGUCAUUAACCUGCACCCUGCGCUUCCAGGCACCUUUGAUGGUACACACGCUAUCGAGCGCGCGUACGAGGCAUUCCAAGCCGGGAAGAUCGAGCAUACCGGAGUCAUGGUCCACGAGGUCGUCGCGGAAGUUGAUCGUGGCGCUCCCAUCCUUGUGCGCCCCGUGCCGAUCGUGAAGGAUGAGCUACUGGAGGACCUUGAAACGCGAAUGCACGCUGUUGAACACGAAAUUCUCGUCGCGGCCGUGGCCGACAUUCUCUCGGGCGCGCGCACCCUGACUACCUCUACGGUGCCUCCGCCCAAGGCAACCCAGGACGCCACCACGUUUCUGCGUCUUGACGCACAGGGCCACUGGAUACCGAUAGCGCAGCCACUGAUCGUGUACGAGGACGACGUGGUUUGGGUACGGGGCACGUCGUCCGUCGUGUGGCUCGGGCGCCACGCGAAGCGCACUAUCCCGGGCGAUGCCCAAGCGUGCGUGCAGCGCGGCUCGACAGAGCACCAAGGUCUCGAAUCGGCCGUCUUUUUGCGUGCCGUAGGCGGACUGCUGGCGACCAUGCUAGGUGCGCGCGACAGCAAGCCAGCAGAUCACCGCCUCUUUAUCGUGCGCAGCGACGUGGAUGGCACCUGGAUCGAUGAGGUGCCCGUGUGCGCCGCCUCGCUCUGCACAGCGUUCAGUGCUGUGCUCGUCACCCCCCAGGGUGUGCAUGUGUGGCAUGGUGUUGGCAGCGAUGACGUGCAGCAGCAGCGCGCCGUUGAAUGGGCCCGUGGGCUUGCACCCAUGCACCAUGGUAUCGAUACGGCCGCACUCCUCGCACUUGUGGACGGGCACGAGAUGGCGGAUGGCUGGCACCACCGCCACCACGCAGCUCUGCCCCCCGACGUUCGACAGGCCCAGCUGUAUGCGCCAGCCCUCGAGCCUACAGCCGUCCCCUUUGCGUGGGCGCGUGUAUCCAUUAUCGAUGCGCGCCUUGAGAUCUACGUGGUUGUCGGCGCGAAUGCGCGGGGCGACCGCGCGGCGCUGGUACAGGCGCUAGACCGAGCGGAGGCGCUGGCUGCUGCUCACGUGCGCGGAGCGCCGAUGCGGGCGCCGGUGCAUGUGCUCGAGGCCCCAAGCCUCGUCCCGCUCGACCUCCAUGUGCUCGCGCGCGACCCGUGGAACGAGCAUAUCAGCACAGCCGGAGCAGUGCCAAACUCGCUUGUGCUGAUGAAUGUGCGCUCGUUGGCCGAGGCGCGUGCGGCACUCGCGGAGGAAGGAUGCUCCGGCAGUGCUGCUAGUGGAGGUUCACCCCGUGUCUAA